AUGGAUAGGCUUCAAAAUCCUCAAAAUCCUCAAUUACUUCAGACAGAAGCUGUGGCAGAUGCAAUCCAAAGACUUUGGCCAAUAUGUACAGCCAUAUUUGAUCUUAUAGCCGAGCGGCUAUACUCAGACGGGUGGUUGAAGACGGGUGAUCUUUGUUUCUUUGAUGAUGAGGGAUUCCUCUACAUUGUUGACCGGUUAAAGGAAUUGAUCAAGUACAAGGCCUAUCAGGUACCCCAAGCUGAGUUGGAACCUAUACUUCAAUCCCAUCCCGACAUUGCCGAUGCCGCUGUGAUUCCGUGUCUUGAUGAAGAAGCAGGGCAGAUUCCCAUGGCCUAUGUAGUUAGAAAGCCUGGAAGCAAUAUCAAUGAGGCUGCAGUUAUGGAUUUUGUUGCAAAACAAGUUGCACCCUACAAGAAGAUUCGACAAGUAUCAUUUAUCAACUCUAUCUAG